AUUUGGUUUUCAUACAGAUGUUCAUAGUCAGACUGUUGUGAAAGGUUUAGAUUGGAUGAGCUUAUUAGUCACUUGUAUAGGGACACAGAUGUAAUUAUAGGGUACAGUGAAAAUCUUGUUCUCCGGGCUCCAACAGUGCAGUCACUCUGAGUGUGGAUUGCAGUCACUCCGAGACUUUUCCAGUAGACUGCUUUCAAGGUAACUCAGUAUAUCUGGGAUAAUGUCCAAGGGACUCGUCUGAAGGGAGUCCCAGAUCUGUGUACUGAGCCAAAGCACUCUCUCACUGCCCAACACUGUGCUACCACCCUCAGCCACCCUGCUCCCCUGUGUGUAGGUCCUGCAGCCUCUCCUCUCCUCACACUCCAACCCUGCUCAUCUCUCAGCUGGACAGUAAGGGCCGUUCACACCACACACUGACAACAUGCUGGGGACACUCUGCACUCUCAUCACUGCUCUGACAUGUGUCAGUGGUGUGACUGUGGUGACACAGAAGCCUCCUGUUGUGACAGUGAGGAAAGGAGACACGGCCACUCUGGACUGUAACCUGGGGACUGUUGAUAAUAGAGACAAUAGUGGUGCUCGUUGGUAUAAACAGGUUCCAGGAGGAGUUCCUCAGUAUGUUUUACAGUGGUACUACUAUAGUUGGACCUCUCUAAAAUAUGGCUCUGGUUUCUCCUCUCCUAAAUUCACAUCUAAUCAUCAGUCGAUAUCAGAUUAUAGUUUGAUUAUUAAUAAAACGGAGGAGAAAGACUCAGCAGUGUAUUACUGUAAGACAAAUGACUACUCUGUCGACGAUUGGGCAUUCGGACCAGGAACCAAGCUCAUUGUUACUGAUGGAGAUCUUGCUACACCUGCUGUGACUCUGUUCCCCCCGUCCACUGAAGACCUCAAGUCCAGCAGAGCAACACUGGUGUGUCUGACUAGUAACCUGUCUCAGAAGUCCAAGGGGUUGGCAGAUGUCAGCUGGAUGUCUAACAGUGAAUCAGUGACAGAAGAUGUUUCUACCAGCCCUGCUGAGCAGCAACCAGACAAAACCUUCAAGAUCAGCAGCUAUCUGACCAUUCAGACUGCAGACUGGGACAAGGACCUGGUGUUCACAUGUAAAGUGUCGUUGGGGUCAACAUUCUCUGAGAAAGAGAUCAGAAAGACUAGUUGUAGUCUGUAAAACAAUAGUUUCAGACAAUCAAUACAACUGGUAGUUUGUUAUAGCUUCACAAAGAGUGCAGCUGUUAUUUUGUUAGAACGUUUAAGUUGUGUUUUGAUCCUUGCUUUGCUGUUAAAUAUAGAAGUUAAAAUCCUAACAACAUGGAUGAUAUUGGGCUGAAGUCUGAAUGCAGCAGUGAAUAGUAUGACAAUAACCAAUGUAAUGUCAAAUAGCUGUUGAGGGUUGUUUCUCAUGACAAGUUACUAUUGAUGCAUUCACUGUACUGGCAUCAUGUUCUCUAAAACAUAACAUCUGAAACACUGUCAUGAUGACUAGGUCUCUCUACUAUUGUGAAAUGAGUUGAAUUACUAAUGAUUAAUAGAGGAAUAGUUAGAGCUUUGCUGUAUUGUGGAUAUUAAAUAAAGAACAUUCUAAAGAACAAGUGUUUGUA